GAGGAGGAGGAGGAGGAGGAGGAAGAGGGAUGCCGGGAGGGCGCUGCGGAUGUGAGCAGCUCAGUCUGGUGAAGGAGGAGACCAGAGGGGAGCUCUGCUGUCCCGCACACCUCCCCGAGCCCAAACCUGCGAGUUGUUCUUUUUUUUUUUUUCUUUCAUGUCAGGGGCCACACUGCUCGCGAGGGCCUCAUUGCGGGGAGGAGGAGGCGGAGGAGGAGGAGGAUGAUGAUGAUGAUGACCAUGAACGGCAAGCAGCACUUCUCCAUGCACCCGGCCCUGCASGAGCCCAAGUACCCCGGCCUGCACUCAGGCUCGGAGGGCAUGCGCAGAGUCUGCCUGCCCGCCCCGCAGCUGCAGGGCAAUAUAUUCGGAGGCUUUGAUGAGAGCCUGCUGGCGCGUGCAGAAGCUCUGGCGGCUGCUGACAGCAUCGUCUCCCAAGGCAAGAGCCACCCGUUCAAAGCAGACGUGACGUACCAUACCAUGAGCAGUGUCCCCUGCACCUCAGCCUCCUCUUCCUCCUCCACCACCGUGCCCAUCUCCCACCACCACCACCACCACCACCAUCACCUCGGACAGACCCUGGAGGCCGGGGACCUCCUGGACCACCUUUCCAGCAGCCUGGCCGUGACCGGGAUGGGCGCUCCGGAGCCUCCGGGUAUGGCCACCCCGGCGCACCACCACCACCACCAGCACGCCCACCACCACCUGCAGACCAUGGGGCAGCUGCACCAGGCCAUGGCCACCAUGGCCCACCCGCACUCCCUGUCCGUGCACGGCGGCAUGGCGUGCGUCAGCGACGUGGAGUCGGAUCCCCGCGAGCUGGAAGCCUUCGCGGAGCGCUUCAAGCAGCGGCGCAUCAAGCUGGGGGUGACCCAGGCGGACGUGGGCGCAGCGCUGGCCAACCUCAAGAUCCCCGGCGUGGGCUCGCUGAGCCAGAGCACCAUCUGCCGGUUCGAGUCCCUCACCCUGUCCCACAACAACAUGAUCGCGCUGAAGCCGGUGCUGCAGGCCUGGCUGGAGGAGGCCGAGGCCGCGCACCGGGAGAAGAGCAGCAAGCCGGACCUGUUCAACGGCGGCGACAGGAAGAGGAAGCGCACGUCCAUCGCCGCGCCGGAGAAGCGCUCCUUGGAGGCGUACUUCGCCAUCCAGCCGCGGCCCUCCUCGGAGAAAAUCGCGGCCAUCGCGGAGAAACUGGACCUGAAAAAGAACGUGGUUCGAGUGUGGUUCUGCAACCAGCGGCAGAAACAGAAACGAAUGAAGUACUCUGCGGUGCACUGACUUUUCUCUCCUCUUCAUCCCCCCCGUGACAUCAUGAAUAAAAGAGCCUUUUACAUUUUUGAUCGACUGAUUAAUAAUAACCUGAGGAGCCGAACAAACAGGGAUUCAUCAGCAGCUCUGUGCGUCUCACAGCCUCCAAAAGAGAAAACAAAAGUUGGACCUCCUCCAACUGGCUCAGUUUGUGUCACUCAUCACUCAUUGUUGCACUUUCCUUUGUUCGAUUUUAUUAUUGGUGGUAUUUAAUUUUGUUUUAAGUUAAGGUUGAUGUGUUUGGUUAUUAUUACACUUUUCAUGAAAUCUUGUAUCGUUCAGGGCGUUUUUAUUUUUAUUUCACAUGAUUUGACUUCAGAGGACUGCUGUGUUUUCAAGUGUUUUAUGGCUAUAAAAAAGAGAACACUAUUUUUUUCUUUAACACUGGUUAAAAUAUUAAAUGCAGAAUAGCUGACACCGUGUUUUACACUUUUUUUAAUUAUUCUGUGGAACCUUUGGAAGAGUGUCAACAUUGUUCACUUUUGAAUCACUACUGAUCUGAAUCGGCUCCAUGUGUGAUCGUGAUUUACGCACAGAAAAAAAAGAAAAAAGAAAAAUCCAGUAAGUCUUUCACAGGAUAUGACACUGCUGCUAUAUUUUAAUAUGUUGAUGUGAUUUUUUUUUUUGAAAAUUGCAGGUAAGAUAUAUUUAUUUAGAUAUAUUAUUUAGUUACAUUAUGAUGUAAUCACAUGAUCUGAGUAUUUAUUUAUUCUUUCUUCACUCUGGAUUUCACUUGGAUUUUAAAAAAAGUAUAUU